CAUUUUCUACCCAAAAAAAAAACAAAAUGGUGUUGGGUCUUAGAACAAAGAGUCGUAGAGACAAUGGAGUGUUCGUUGAGUAUCUAAUCUCAAUCAAGGAGCUAAAACCAUGGCCAACAAGCCAAGUCCCUGCACAAUGCGUUCUUCUCAAAUGGGAAAACGGCGAAAACAACUCAGGCUCUUUCAUCGCGGUUGUGGGCAAAGACACGAUCAUGUUCAACGAGUCCUUUAGGCUAACCUUAACGUUAGAACCUAAAGUUGGGUCCGACAAUAAGUUCCACAAGAAUCUUCUUGAACUUCAUGUAUAUGACGCCAAAAAAAAAGAUAAAGGCGUCAAGAACAAGCUUCUUGGUACAGCCUCGGUCAACCUCGCUGAUUUCGGCCUGUUGACCAAUUCUGUCCCCGUAGGAGCUCCGUUUACUUUCAAGAAAAGCUCGAGGAAUGACGCUAGCUCUGAGAUUUACCUAACUGUUGAGCCGGCCGGAGAGGAAGAUUACGAUGAAGGAAAUCGGAGUAGCGGUUCGUCGCAGCCGAAGAUGAGCUUUUCAAGAAGAUCUGUAGAUGGCAGUGAGUUUAGUUUGGCGUCGUUGACGGAUGACGAUGAUGAUGCUUCGUCAGUGUCUUCUUCUACACGGAGAGUCUCUUUCUCAGCUAUGUGUGAUGCUAAUUCCACGAACACAGAGGCAGUGAUGAAUGGAGAUGAGAAGAAAGGUUGGAAACAUGUAACACUUAAGCACAGUAACAAUGAAGCAGCACUCGUCUCCGAGAUCGAGAAUCUACUGAGAGAAGAAGAGAGAAAGAGACAGAGCAAUCAACCGGUCAUUGUGAGCACAGAGAUUGAUCAGAAACAGAAAGAAGAUACAAAUACCUUUAAGCUCAAGAAACAGUUUUCUGAGAUCAGAUCUGGUCCUUUAUCGUUACCUCCCGAUGCAGCGAAAAAACAGAUGAAACUUCGGACAAACACUCUUGCCUUAGGAAGAAAGACUCUAGGAAUGGAAGGUAUUCCAAGACUUAAACAGCUUAAGUCUAUUCAGUUGCAUUUUGACGGAAACAAAGAUGAUAGUAGUCAAAAAAAGGCGAGUGGAGUGAUCAACAAGGUAGGUUUAAUAACUCCGCAAGAUUCUAAAACAGAGACGCUUGAAGAUGAGUUGAAGGAAGCAGCGGUUCUUGAAGCAGCUGUUUACUCUGUGGUUGCUGAGCAUAGUAGCUCCAUGAGCAAGGUUCAUGCUCCAGCUCGUCGUCUUGCUAGGUUUUAUCUUCAUGCUUGUAAAGGAAAUGGUUCUGAUCAAUCUAAGAGAGCCAGUGCGGCUAGAGCCGCGGUUUCUGGAUUAAUCUUGGUUUCGAAAGCAUGUGGAAAUGAUGUUCCAAGGUUGACCUUUUGGCUAUCAAAUUCGAUUGUGCUUAGAGCAAUAUUAAGCCGCGGUAUGGAGAAAAUGAAGAUUGUCCCUGAAAAGGCUGGUUCAGAUGAAUGGGAAGAUCCUCGAGCAUUCCUUGCGGCUUUGGAGAAGUUCGAGUCCUGGAUAUUCUCCCGAGUUGUUAAAUCUGUUUGGUGGCAGAGUAUGACGCCGCAUAUGCAAUCUCCUGCGGUUAAAGGAUCAAUCUCGAGGAAAGUUUCAGGGAAAAGGCGGUUAGGUCAUAGGAACCAUGGACUCUAUGCUAUAGAGCUAUGGAAGAAUGCCUUUAGAGCUGCCUGCGAAAGACUUUGCCCUCUAAGAGGUUCAAGACAAGAGUGUGGUUGUCUACCUAUGCUUGCUAAACUGGUGAUGGAACAGUUAAUCAGUAGACUUGAUGUAGCAAUGUUCAACGCUAUACUGCGUGAGUCAGCAGGUGAAAUGCCGACAGAUCCCGUCUCUGAUCCAAUCAGUGACAUAAAUGUUCUCCCCAUUCCAGCAGGAAAAGCAAGUUUUGGGGCGGGCGCACAGCUUAAAAACGCGAUUGGAACUUGGUCCAGAUGGCUUGAGGAUCAAUUCGAGCAAAGGGAGGAGAAAUCUGGUAGAAACAAAGAUGAUGAUAGCAAUAAUAAGGAGAAGCCAGAAUGUGAACACUUCAGAUUGUUCCAUUUACUCAACUCGUUAGGUGAUCUAAUGAUGCUUCCAUUCAAAAUGCUUGCAGACAAAUCCACAAGAAAAGAGGUUUGUCCAACUCUUGGUCCACCAAUAAUAAAGAGAGUUCUUCGGAACUUUGUCCCCGAUGAGUUCAACCCGCACAGAAUCCCGAGAAGGCUAUUCGAUGUUCUGAAUUCCGAGGGCUUAACAGAGGAAGAAAAUGGAUGCAUUACAAUCUUCCCUUGCGCAGCAUCGCCUACGGUCUACCUAAUGCCGUCUACAGAUUCCAUAAAACGCUUCAUUGGAGAGUUGAACAAUCCGUCCUUAUCUGAAACCGGAUCAUCGGUAUUUAAGAAACAAUACACCAGUGACGAUGAGCUUGAUGACUUAGAUACAUCCAUUAACUCUAUAUUCUCUGCUCCUGGAACAACCAAUUCAUCAGAGUGGAUGCCGAAAGGAUAUGGACGAAGAAAGACUGUAAGAUAUCAGCUUCUUAGGGAAAUAUGGAAAGAAGAUGGAUUACAAUGACUCUUCUCUUUUUGUCUCCUAUGUUUGAUGAAAACACUUUCUAUGUUUCUUGGUUAUUUGUAUGAAGGAUACUUAUGGCCAAAGAGAUACAAGUGGGUUUAUACGACUAAUUAAAAAUUGCAUUAUAAU